AUGGCUGACUCCUCCGAGUUGCGAAAAGACUCCAAGAUAGUCAUCAUAGGGGCCGGUGUCUUUGGCCUGAGUACCACUCUCCAUCUCCUCCAACGAGGCUACACCAACAUCCACCUCUUCGACCGGCAACUCUUUGACCAGAAUCACUACGAUGAAACGAAAGGAGCCGAUGGUGCCUCGUGCGAUGUCAACAAAAUCGUGCGAGCUUCCUAUGGCAGCGCGAAACUGUUUCAAGACUUGGCUUUUAAAGCCAUGCCCGAGUGGAAGAAGUGGAACACUCAACUUGCUGCUACCUCCAAGGAAGACUUGCCCACCAGUCUGGAUCCCAACAUCCCCCUCUGGCAUAACUGUGGCUUUCUCCGGAUAGGCUCCUCCCCCCAUGGGCUGGAGUCAGAGGAGCAAGAGACGCAACAGAACUUCCCCUCUGACCUGAAACAUACACAAUAUCGUAUCUCUGACCACAGGCGGAUCGAGGAAGCAGUCCGAGCCGGUAUCCCCUUUUCCAAGCUCCAUCCCUUUGGCCGGCUGGAGCGAGGACUGCCCACAGACGGUAUUCUCGACACGACCGCGGGCUUUGUUCUGGCUUCACGUGCCUGUGCUUGGGCAUUGCAUCUAGUUCUCCAGUCGGGACAUGUCAUCCCACACUUGGGACCAGACAAUGCCCUGCAGUCCUUCAUGACGACUGGCAAUCGUAUCACUGCUAUCGUGACUUCUGGUCUGGAGAGACAUCAGGCCGACUUUGUCGUCGUCGCUUGUGGCGGUUGGACGCCGUCUCUGAUACCACAAGUGGAUCGUCUUCUGGAAACAACUUCGGGGAGUGUGCUCAGCGUGCAAUUGCCACACGACAGGCACGAUCUGUGGGACAAAUAUAGUGAAGAGAACUUUCCUGUCUGGUCGUGGAAUAUGGGAUCGUACACUCCUCAUACAAGUGUCGGAGGCCUCUAUGGCCUUCCUCGAACGCCAGAAGGAGUAGUCAAAGUCGCAUUCCGAGGGGCGAAGUGGACCUCGUACACUCGCCACUCAAGCAGUGGUGGUGGUGGUGGUCAGCUGCUGUCAUUUCCCCAGACCGACGCUGUCACAGUGCCCGCAGAAGCAAUGCGCGUGAUACGCACUUUCGUUGAAGAAAACCUCCCCGAUCUGCUCGAUUUAGAUCUGAACAAUAUCAGACUAUGCUGGUACACCGAUAGUGUGGACAAUACCUUUCUGAUCGAUCAUGUACCCGACGUGGAAGGCCUGCUGGUCGCUUCCGGCGGCAGUGGGCACGGAUUCAAGUUUCUGCCCGUGCUCGGUGAGCAUAUUGUCGACGUGAUGGAGAACAAGGACACGGAAUAUAGCAGGCUAUUCCAGUGGCGAGACGUGCCAGAUGGUCAGCGAAACGGGCUCGAAGAUGGGCCCCAAGGAUGGCGCACGCUCGAUAAACAGAGAAUGGCCGGCAAUAAGGAGUGGCGAGAGGGCCUGGAGGCAAGAAGCAGCAGGCUGUGA